AUGAUUAAACAAAAGCGGUCCUAUUCACAUAUGGAAAAUGAUGAAGGUGUAGAUCCAAAUAACAAUAGUGAGGGUGAAGUUUCGUUUAAAAGACAACGGAAUAAUAGCCAUAGUAGCAACAUGACGUAUGGAAGUAUGAAUGAGGAAUAUGAAAAUGGUGAUAAAAAUAAUAAAUUACAUAGUGGUAAUAUGGAAAUGUUAAUACCAUAUUGUAUUUUGCUACCAAAUAGGGCAAUCGGUUAUGUUAUUGGUAAGUCAGGUAAUAAUGUACGUGAAAUUGAAAAAGUAUGUGAUGUCAUAAUAAAAUGCCAAAAAGAAUUUGAUAUAUCUGUUUACCCUCCUCCCUCUGAAAAAAUAUUAACAGUGUCUGGUAAAAAGGAAAAUAAAAAGAAAGCAUUAGAAUUGGUAUUAAAUAAAUCUAAAACUGUUAUGGAUUUUCAAGAAGAGGAUGGAAAAGAAUCUAUUGUUAUUAUAGUUCCUACUAGAUCUAUUCCUAUUAUUAUUGGCCAAAAGGGUUCUAAAAUAUCUUCAUUAUCUGAAAGAUCAUUAUGUGAAAUUAACGUUCAUAAGGAUGAUGUACCAGGAAUAAAAGAUAAAGCUAUUUUUAUAAAAUCAAAUCAAAUCACAAAAAUUAUCGAUUGUAUAAGUAUUAUAUAUGAUUUAUUAGAAGAAGUUACAGAAAAUGGAAUAUUAGAAAUAGCAGAAUUUCCUGGAGUUUCGAAAAAUUUUACAUCGCCUAUUAAUAUUGGUUUGUGUGGUCCACCUCCUAUAAAUGGUCCAUCAUCUUUUCAUGAAAACUCAACUGCCAAUGGUGUUAGUGGUGUUUCAAAUCAUUAUAACGACACACAUUCUAUGAAUUCCGGAACAAACCAAUUUAGAGGAUCUCGAAAUAAUAAUAUGAAUUAUAAUAAUAAUAUAGGAAAUAAUGGAUCAAAAUUUUCUAUGAAAAAUAAAGAAAAUAAUUAUUAUGAUAAUUACAGUAAUAAUAAUAUGGAUGACUAUGAUAACUUUUCUGUCCCACGCGAAAAAAAUCUUUUAUUACAUAAAUUUGGAAAAGAAUCUAGUUCUUGUGUUAUUCGUUUUGUUUUAGAUGUAGAAACUACUGCAUGGAUUAUAGGAAAAGCAGGCUGCCAUAUAAAAGAAAUUCGAACAAUAACCGGGGCAGGUGCAGUAAUUGUAGAUGCUCCUGAUAAUAUUGAAAAUGUAAAAACAUGUGAUCGUAUAUUAACGUUAUCGGGUUCUCCAGAAAAUAAAUAUAAUGCAUUAAAAUUAAUAGUUAAACAAAUGGAAGAAAGAGAGAAAAAUAUUAAUAAUUCUAUGCGUAUGUUAGUUCCUGGUAAAGCAGCUAGCUUUUUAAUAGGUAGAAAAGGUUCUAUAAUUAAAUACAUUACUGAGCAAUCAGGUUCUCAAAUUCAAGUAGCUAAAAAUAAAGAAAGUGAAAAUGAAAAAUUAGUUUUAAUAAGUGGAUCACCCGAAUCGAAAAUUUUAGCUUCAGUUCUAAUUUUACAAAAAUUGGAAGAAUAUGAUAAUCCGGCAAUAGCAAGGGAAGGAUUACUUAUUCCAUUAAAUGAUUUAUAUUAUUCUAAUAAUAAUAAAAAUUCAAAUAUGAAAAAAAAUAGCAAUAAUAACCCUUCUAUUAUUGGAAGUGGUAAUGGCUCAACAAGAAUCAUACAAAACAAUGUAAGGGGGUCUAUGAAUAAUAAUAAUGGUGGCGGAAAUAAUAGUCGAUAUUACUCUAAUUCAGUUAUAAAUAAUAAUAACAUGGGUAAUAAUUUGAACAAUCAUAUAGACAAUAUAAAUAAUGAUAACAACAAUCCAUCUAAUUAUCGUUAUGACAAUAAUAAUAAUAUGAAUAAUAUAAAAAAUAAAACAGAUGCAAAAGAACAAAUUGAAAAUAUGUUUUUAAAUGAAAUUUAUAAAUCUAUACCUAUUACUUCAUUACCUAAAAUAUUAUCAGUUAAACAACCUUAUACUAUUGAAUUAAAUAUGCCAGAUGUGUAUUUAGAAACCUUUGAUUCACAAAAUAAAGAUGGAAAGUCUUUAAUCGAAGAAAUAAUUGAAAAAUCAGGUUGUAAUAUAUCUAUAUGUACUGAUUCUAAUGAUUCAUCAUCUUACACAUUUAACGUAUCUCUUACAGGUUCUCCUUUAGCAAAUUCUUUAGCUAUUUUAAUGAUACAAGCAAAAAUAUUUCAAUUUGACUGGUUUUAA